AUGUUUGUAUCUCAAAACAAAAUCACAGAAUAGCUUAUUCGAAAUUAAGGAGAGGAACCUGCUAAAAUAACAAAAUUAUCUUUACGUUCUAUGAAAGUGACUGUAAUAAAAAUCUUUUACUUAGAAAAUAGAAAAUUUAGAUUAAUUGGUACUUCUUUAAGAAUUGAACUUAAGUCAUAACAAUAUAACUAAAAUAGAAAAUUUAAGAUUGCCAUCACUUAAAGAAUUAAAUCUUUCGGAUAAUUUUAUAAAAUCGAUGCAUGGAUUAGAAUUUUUGCCAUCUUUAAUUAAUUUGAAUUUGAACGGCAACUAGAUAUCUGAGAUUAACUUAACAAAUCAUACUAUAGAAAGUUUAAAAUUAUCAAGAAAUUAGAUCAAGGAUCCUAUAUAAUUAUUAAACCUAAAACCCCUUUUAAAUUUGAAAAUACUUUCUAUUAGUGAUAAUCCUUUUUGUAGAACAUUUAGUUAUAUAGAAUAUUUAUGUUUUUUAACUCCUACACUUUAAGUUUUAGAUACUAAAGUUAUAUCAAAUUAACAUGAAAUAGCAAAAUAAUUAUAUGGAGAACCAAUCCCAAGUGAUCAUUAUUAAUUACUUUAAAAUAUUAGAUUGGUUUAGUUAAAAAAAUAAGAAAUAGAUGUUGAAAUAGUUUAAAUAGAAAAUAAAAUGUAAAGAGCUACAAAUUUACUUUAAACAUAUUAGAAUGAUUCUGAUAGUGAAGAUGAAACAGACAGAUAAGUAACUAAUAAAGCUUUUCUUUCACUUUAAAUAUAGCUUGAAGAACAUUAUUAAGUUCGUUAAGAAACAGAUGAUGCUUUAAAAGCAUUAAAAUAAUAAUUAGAAUCCUAUAAGUUAUAACCUAAAGAAAAAUUACCAACUGAGUAAUUAAAUAGAAUAAAUUCUCUUUUUGUAAGAUUAUAAGCAGUACUUUAAAUAGAUUUAACAUCAUGUUAAAGAACAUUAUUUGAAAUGGCAUUAUAGGGAAGCAUAGAAUAAGUUUUAUAAAGUAUUGUUGAUUUACUUGAAACUAUUUUAGAUAGAAUACCUUUAUUACCUUAAGAAAGUAUUUUAUAAGAGGUGGCUACUUAAAUUCAUGAUCAAAUUUAAGAAUUAUAUUAAAGAGUAUCAACUAAUUCUUUAAAUUCAAUUGGAAUUUAAGAUAAACCUAUAGAAUCUUCUAUUGUGCUAUUAAAAAAAUUAUUUAAAAGAGCAGAAAAAAAAUUACAAAAAAAUAGAUGAGUUUUAUGUAAUUAAGGCUUAAUUUAUUAAAGAUUUUGAAAUAGAAACUUAAUAAUUAGCUGAAAAAUGGAAGGAUUAUGAAAAUAAAAAAGCAUAAUUAUUUUUAGAAAAAGAAACAAUAAGUAAAGACUUAGAAGAAUAAUUUGAAUAGAUUAUGGAAUAGAAAGAAGAACUUAAAGUGCAACAUUAAUAAGUUGAAGUUUAAUUUGCAAAAUCAAAUGAAGAUUUUAAAAUAUUUAGAGUUAAAUAAAAUGAAGCAAGAAAAUGUUUAACUGAUGAAAUAACUAAACUUGGAAGAUAACAAGAAUAAUUAGUAUUAAUUUGUAUAAUUAUUUAGUCUGAAGAAGUUUAAGAACUGUAAAGUGAAAUGGAAAGACUUAAAGAUACAAAUGCUGAGAAAGAAGAAUCAAUAAGAUUAUUAAAUGAAGAGAUUGAAAUGUUGUAAUAGAGAAUUUAAGAUUAAUAUUAAGUUAGUUUUUAAAUUAGAGAAGAUCAAUAAAGAGCAUUAAAUAAUAUAGAAUAUUUAAAUUCAUAAAAAGAAUUAUUAAAUAAAGAUAUAGAAGAAUUACAAGUUGAACAUUCUAAAAAAGAAUAAAAUAAAAUGGAUUUAUAAAUUAAAUAUCAAAAUGAACAUAACAAAAUGAAAUAAUAACUUGAAGAAUUAGAUAUAUGCCAUUAAAAAUUAAAAAGCACUGAAUAAUUAUGUAAAGAGGCUGAUAGAGUAUUAAAAUAAUUAAAUAAUGCUAUUGUUGAUAAAGAGUAAGAUAAGUAAAAAUAUGAUAAAAUCAUGUAAGAAUCAAAUUUUGAAAAAGAAAAAAUUAAAUAAACAAAAAAUGAAAAUAUGUAGAUUAAGAAGGAAACACAAAAACUCAGAACAGAAUAUGAUAAUUUAGAAUAUCAACUUUAAGUCAGUUAGGAUAAUUUAUUGAAAGGCAAAAAAAAUCUUUAAUAAGUUACACAACUCACAAUUGAAAAAGAACAGGAAUUGUUAUAAAUUGAAAAAUAAUUGAUUAAUAUAGAAAAACAAAUAUAGGAUUAGAUGAAAUAAAAAGAUAUUUUAGGUCAUGAUAUCGAUAUCUUGCAAAAAGAAUUAAAAAAAUUAAAUAUUGAAAAAGCAAAGUCUUAAUAAUAAUUAGAUGAUGCAACUAUAGAUUUGUAAAGUAUAAAAUAAGAAUAUUAAAUUUAAUAAUCUAAUUUACAAUCUUUGAAUAAAUAAAUUGAAUAGAAAGUUACAGAAUUAUCAACUCAAACUCAUUAUUAGAUUCAUUAAGGAUAAGAUUAAAUUAUAAAUUUUUAACUUUAAUUGUAAAAAUUAUAAGAGGGUAUAGAAAUAAAAGGAUAAGAAUUUAAAUUAUUAGUAGAUUAAAUUGAUUAAUUGUAAUAAAAACGGGAUCAUUUAAUAUAAAGUGUAUAAUAAUUGUAAUCAUCUGUUUUACAAGAAGAAUAGAACACAAAUUAGAAACCUUAUGUAAAAAUUAAAUAAAAAUUAGAUUGUACAUGAUGAGGAAUCUUUGCAUUCUUAAAGCUAUGAUAAAUUAAAAUCAGAUUGGUUGAAACCUACAAAAAACUCUGCAAUAAAAAGUUAAACUAAUUUUGGCUUAUUAAGCGAUUUUAGUAAGAAAUUUUAACCAAGAUCUGCAAAUUAAUCUAUGCUAAGAAAAUCCCCUUUAGGAAAAGAUUAAUCAGUUUAGUCUGUUAUAUAAAAUCUAGAGGAAUUAAAUUAAAAUUUAGAUAGAAUGUAUAUGGAAAGUCUUGAAAGAUUUGAGUCCUGA